CGCGAGUCUACCCAGUCCGGUUGCUGAACUCGAUGCCGACGCGCGCGAACCGUGUUCCAUUUUUAAAUCGCGCGUCAAUUAACCUAUGACACUGAAAAAGUUUCUAACAUAAACAUAUAGUUAUCUGUGGUGCAAAAUGAAAGUGUUCAUUGGAUUAUUUUUAUUAUCAAGCCUAUCAUCGACAUUAGCAAGGACCCCAGCUCUAAUCCUGACACCACUUAUAAAAAAAAACUUAGUGGAACAAGCGAGAAACUUAUCCGUCGUAGAUCCCAAAUUAUUCUUGAACAGGACCAGUUACUCUGGGUUCUUCACGGUUGAUGAAAAGCUGAACUCAAAUUUAUUCUUCUGGUAUUUCCCGGCUCCAAACUAUACGGAAGAAACGCCAUGGAUAUUAUGGUUGCAAGGCGGUCCUGGGUCCACGAGCCUCGCUGGUCUUUUCGACGAGAUCGGACCUUUCGAAUAUACGAACAACGAGUUGAAAUUGCGGCGUUCAACCUGGGCCAAAGAUCAUUCGUUGCUGUUUAUCGACAACCCUAUAGGCGCCGGCUUCAGUUUUACCAACAGCCCUAAAGGCUUCAUACAAGAUAUGACCACGUGUUCGUCGCACCUAUACAAGGCUUUACACCAGUUUCGGCUCGUAUUCCCCGAGGUGGCCAAAGCGCCGCUGUUCAUAGCCGGGGAGUCUUACGCCGGCCGAUAUCUACCAGCUCUCGGCAUCAAGAUUCUAGAACAGGACCACAGUAUCGGACUGCUGGAUGUUAAUUUACAGGGUAUAAUACUGGGCAACCCAGUGCUGAGUCGGGACAGCAUAGCAGACUACAGCUCGGUGUACUACCAGUGGGGCCUAAUCGACAGCCAGGGCUUGCUGGCAGUCAAGCCGCUGCAGGAAGCAUAUGACAAAGCCAUUACUAGAGAAGACUCCGAUUCCGCGUCUUUGCUUCGAGAAGAACUUCUAAACCGGCUAAAUGACAUAGCAAGGCAGCAGCAGACGUUCAACAUCUUAGUAGACGACCUAUCCCAUCUGGAUGACUUCGUCAGCUAUAUCCGCAGACCCGAAGUGACUGAAGCCCUGCAUGUCGGCAGCAUAGAGUUCGCCUUCCAUAACGCAACAGCUCAUAAUAUGCUCACUCCUGACUUCUUGAGUGAAGUCCGCUCGAAGGUGGAAAUGCUGCUCAAUCAUUAUAGGAUACUUAUUUAUUGUGGGCAGAUGGACCUGACAGCUCCUUGUGUGCCCAACGCGAGAGCUCGCAGGAAGCACUGGCACUGGAACAAACGGGAAGAAUUCCUUAACGCAUCACGUACUCCUUGGUGGUUUGACAAUAAAGUCGCUGGCUACGUCAAAAGCGGAGGCAGCUUAACAGAAGUCCUAGUCAGAGGUGCAGGACAUCUAGUCCCUCUAGACAAGCCAGCAGAGACCACGGAACUAAUCGCUCGCUUCAUUAAGGGCCUAGCCAUGCCUUUACCUCCAGAUUACCACAUUAUGGUCCAAGAUACCGCGAAAUACAUUGAUGAUGAGCUAGAAGGUGUUUCCAAGACUAUACUAGAAGUUCCUAUUGUGUCCCCGUCAGGGUCUCAAACUGUGAUGGUAGUGAGCAUAGUACUAAAUGUGCUGCUGAUCUUAGCUUUAGUUUGUGGUGUCGUGUAUGGGUUACGAUGGAAGAGACGGACUGAUGCGUACUUGUAUAACACGGUUGACGAAACCAGUAUUACUUCCACUAUGUUUUAAGGAGUUGUCAGGAUUCUAUGCUGAGCAUUGAUGAAAGGUUGUGCGUAGUAUUUUUGGACGUUGAUUCAGUAGACCAAUUUUUGUGGCUAUUGUUAAGCCCAUUGCUGCUCCACGAUUCAGGUGUUCAAUCCGAUAACAUUUUGUACAAAUUUUUGGCCAAGAAUUCGAUGGUGGGUUGCAGUGUUUACAGUUUGUGAGAAAAGUGGUCUUAAAAUAGGAGCCGAUGUUUACUUUCGUCUUCGGAUCUCAUGCAUUUGUUGUAUAAUGUAGGUAUAAUCAACUUAUGAUUUUGUAGCAUUCGAAAUUAUGGUAGGUACAUAAAAUGCAUUUCGGCAUUUAAAUUAUUGGAUGAAAGACGCGAGAACUAGUCUAUGACAUCUGCCAAGACCCUGUAUUCCUCAGUGCCUUUUAGACUUAAUACAAUCUGUUGUAAAUAUGAUAUAAUUAAUAUAUAGAAUAGAUAAUAAAAUAUUAUUUUGUACAUAAAA